AUGAGAUUGCCCCUUCUUCACUUAAAGAUAAAGCCCUGGAAAUUUGCCCAAGCACAGCGUUGGAGAGUUUUCGGUAUAACGGUGCCUCCAUCGUUGACCAGUAGUGUCAGAUGCAGUGAUAUCUCGAAGACUGUUUGURAGGCCGAGGAUGGAAUAAUAGACUUGUUUGAGGUGAAUGACCUCUGUGACGAAGUCUCUAUCGGCCCUUCAGUAUUUACUCUGGACAGACGGAAAACUGUAGAUGAUUUUCUCCGUCUUGUCGAUCAGCGUUGUCUUUUGAGUAAAGAAGUGAUUCAUGAUUUAAUAGUCCAUAAAGCAAAGCAACUGUCAGCAGGAAUCCACCUCUAUGACGACAUCACAGCUUGCAAGACACGCUCAUUGCUUGACUGGGAUGUGAAUGACGGGUCUGAGCUUUUUAUUUGGUGCGGAAAACAGGUCGAUGGGCAUUAUGUUCGUACUGGCAGAGAUUGUGAGCCUGUACUGUUAUCGAUAACUUAUCCUCUGAAAGAUGGAAAGUCUAUCGAUGUACAAAAAGCUUUUCCGAAAGACUCUUCUUUGAAUGAAUUGAAGGUCUCCAUCAGUAAAAUCACAGGAAUAAAGAUGUCAAAGCUCAUUCUCAGUAUUAUGAAAUUAUCGAAACGAUCAAAAACCAAAGUGGAAGAGCUAGGAGCAUCGUUGGAUGGAAAUACACUGCAAGCGAUGGAUUUUAUUGACGGACAAAGGCUUAUUGUCGACAAGAAAGUCAAGCAAAAGAAUUCCAGCUGUCAUCCAUUGUGUUUAGCCACUUCAGAAGCAGAGAAACGUGACAACCAGAUCAGUUUACUUGUAGAAAAUCACAUUAACUGCUCCGAUAGUCAGGGUACAGCUACUGAUGAGCGUCCUCCAGUGGCAACUUUUUAUGUUGACAAACAUAAGACGAUUGGUGAGCUUAAAAAACAAAUAAUGUCUUCGUCAGAUUUUAGAAUAAGCGCAGAUCAAAAUUGUAUUCUACGAGUGGAUGACGUCACACAUGGGCUGGGACCUCCGUUGCACGAGCAUCACACUAUAGAAGAGCUGCUUCUGACCGAUGAACAUAAGAUUGUCAUUGAAUCAGGAACACCACUAAUGGAAAACCAAAUUGCCAUCCGGUUUUACUGUGCUGUAGUYGGUCUCCCUCGAAAUGAAGARGAAAUAAUCCUAGAAACAUCAUGUACCAUCAGUAAAUGUUUAAGGUUGAUGAUAGAACAAGCUGGUCUUGAAGGUUCUGAGUGGCACCUAAGUAAAACCAAUUGGUACGGUGAGGAAACAGGAAUAAUUGAAAAUGAGGAAGACACACUUGACAAAGCUGAGGUGAACCAUGGUKACCUUUUGGUAGUGAAAACAGGACGACUUCCACCAAAGGGUUUUGUACGGCUAUCAUUGUGGCUUUUCAAACGAUGUCAAGAAGGCAAUGAUGAUGGAGAGGGGCAUGGGUCGAGUGUGAUAUCCUGGAUUACUUCAGGACUGCAGGAGCUACUAGGAGUAUCUCAGCAUGAAAGCAACGACAAACAAGUAGAAGAUCUUGAAUUCCUCGGUGAAAUUGAGAUAUCCAUGGAUGCCAUGUUGGUUGAUCUCAAGAGGAAGAUUAUCGAUAUUAUCCUGCAGGCAAAAGAGUAUCAAGUACCAUCGCCUGAAUUCUUAAGAGUCCAAGACAUUAAGGAGGGGUAUCCUACAAGAGUUCUGCGUCACCAUAACAAAACUCUAAGAUUUUCAAAGGUGUGCUCUUCAAGAAAACUAAGUGUGCAAGUGCUUAAAUCAAAGGAGGAGCUCAGUCAGUCUGCCAUUUUAUUAAACGUUCAGAAAAUAAUAUGUGGUCAACGAUGUUAUGAGCCAUCGAAACAAUUAAUCUACGAUGCUCCGAAUGGAGCGACGUCUUCAUCUUUACAUCAAUGUAUCAGUGAAACGUUUGACAUUCCUCUAAGCAGCCUCUCCAUAGCAAAAUACCUACGAAAUAAAUACGAUUGGCUUAUUAUAUCCUUAAAACCUUAUGACAAGGAACAAUCCUCAAAAAAUAAAAAGGUCAACCUUCGACACUCGCCUUAUCAUCUACAAGAUGGCGAUAUUAUAGGAAUCAAGGAUAUAUCAAUAGACAACACUGAUGACUUCAGCACUCCUGAGGACGAAGCGGCAAAAGAAAAUCUGCAACAAAUCCGAGAUGAAAAAAUUCGCAGACGAAGAGAAGAGAGACAAAGGGGUCGUUAUCGAAGGCCUGAAGUCGAACUCAAGAUUCACGUUGACGAUUUUACGUAAAGUGAAAUGAAGAUKCUUUCGUUUUCUUAUUCUUAAUUUAAGAAAAUCAAUCAUUGGAAACUAUGAUACAUGAAAUUCUAUUGUAAAGGACUAUCAUUGGUAACACAAAUAUGUCUAUAUGAUGUAAAAUUUUAUAAGAUGUUAGACACUAACAGAGAACGACAUGGUUGUACAGUAAUAAAGGUGAUACUACACUUGUUUUUUAAAAGGGUUUAAAUUUGAUACCAUAUAUGGUGACUUUAUUUACUAUAAUAAGACCAUACGAGCAUAAACACUCGUUAAACACGUCGACAAAACUUUGUUUCAUGUAACUGUAGGUUGUCUUUAUUGGUUUCAUGGUGAAUAUAUACACAAUAAAAAUCUCAAUUGAUUCAA